AACACCUGGAGCCGACAACAACCUAGUUGGAAGUUAGUAAGCUGCCCAUCGCUCCUUGAGUACGGAUACUUGCAGCAGUACCCAUUUGCACAUGUGUUGCUCGGUGCCCAGGCACCUGAAUUACUCACCCCUGUCACCGACGUAAGCUCCUCCACCUCAGCGCCGCGCCUCCCAUCCAAGCAGGCAGGCAGGCAAUCGGCUGCAACCAAGUCGAUACCAACGGAGCUUCCACGGCCAAACUUCCACGGCCUGACUUCCACGGCCAAACGGGCGCAGCGCUGCGACACGACUUCAGGUCAUCGACCACCACCCAUCCGCCUUCAUCCCCUCCAUCCUGCCAGGCACAGAUCCUCAUACUGGCCUGCGCAUCGAAUCAUACAUCAGCCAUCCGACCCUCCUGCGACUCCGAUCCGACGUCCAUCCCUUGCUCCCUUCCCACCGCGGGCUACAACGAGCCCAGCCAUUCCGCAUCGAAACCACAGAGGCAGACCUCCACACCGCAGGCCAUCAUGAUGGGAUGGUGGUCCUCCUCGGCCUCGUCCGCCCUGGACGAACAGGUCAACAAGGCCACCAGCAGCAGCCUGGAAGACAUAGCUCUGAACCUCGAGAUAUCCGACGUCAUCCGGUCCAAGACUGUCCCACCAAAGGACGCCAUGCGCUCUCUCAAGAAGCGCAUCGGCGACAAGAAUCCGAACACACAGUUGAGCGCCCUGAACCUCACAGACACUUGCGUCAAGAAUGGCGGCCAACAUUUCCUCGCCGAGAUCGCCUCCAAAGAAUUUAUGGACAAUCUCGUCUCCCUGCUCAAAGCCAUCGGCCCGGCUUCUGUCAACCACGAUGUUCGCACCAAGAUUCUCGAGCUGAUCCAACACUGGGCCGCUGCGACCGAGGGCCGGUACGAGCUGAGCUAUAUUGGCGAGGUGUACAGGACGUUGCAAAGAGAGGGCUUCCAGUUCCCACCGCGGCAGUCUGUGUCUAGCAGCAUGAUCGACAGCAGUGCGCCACCCGAAUGGGUCGACUCAGAUGUGUGCAUGCGAUGUCGAACGGCCUUCACCUUCACCAACCGAAAGCAUCACUGCCGGAACUGCGGAAACGUAUUCGACCAGCAGUGCUCGACCAAGACGCUGCCCUUGCCUCACCUCGGAAUACUGCAACCGGUCCGGGUCGAUGACGGGUGUUAUGCGAAACUGACCGACAGGUCCGGUGGCAGGGGAGGUGGGUUUGGUCAGGAGCACUCACCGUCAAAGGCCUCCUUCAAGCGCCACUCGGUCUCUAUGCAGCCCCGGAAUGCAAGGGUGGACGACGGCUUCGAUGAAGACCUGAAAAAGGCACUGGCGAUGAGCUUGGAGGAGGUCCAGAGCCACCAGAAAGGCAGAGACUAUGUUGCCCCGGCCAACAACACCCACCACUCCCAUGCCAAGGUGAACGGCGAUGCUGCGGGCAAAGCAGCCGAAGAGGAGGACGCUGACCUGAAGGCGGCCAUUGCAGCGUCGCUGGCGGAUAUGGAAGAACAAAAGAAGCAACACGCCGCUGCUUUGAAGGAGCAAACGUCCAGCUCCAACAAUGCACCGUCCAGCACAUUUGCGCUGCCCAAGAACGACUACGAGCUAUCCCCGGUGGAAGCCGAGAACAUUAACCUUUUCUCGACCUUGGUCGACCGACUGCAGACGCAGCCUCCAGGGACGAUCCUGCGAGAGCCGCAGAUACAGGAACUCUACGACAGUAUUGGAACGCUCCGUCCGAAGCUGGCGCGGACUUAUGGCGAGACGAUGAGCAAGCAUGACACGCUGCUUGACCUGCACGCCAAGCUCCAGACGGCAGUGCGCUACUACGACAGGAUGCUGGAGGACCGGCUGUCGAAAGCAUUCAACCACCAGAAUCAUCUGGGCGGGUACAACCUGCCACAGCAUCGUCAAUCAUCCGGCCCUUAUCCGAACCUCCAGGCUAAUGUUCCUACCAACCACGCGGGUCCUGCAGAAAACUUCUACACUGGCGAGCCUCAGCAGGACUAUAACAGAUCAGCCCCCCAGCCGUCAUAUCCGUAUCCUACCCAACCUACCCCCCAACCACAGUACGCCAACUAUGAUCAACGUGCUUCGAUUUCGGGUCCUCCUCAGCACCAAUACCCCCAGCAGCAGCAGCAGCAGCAGCCCCCGAGGCAGGACAGCUGGAGGGCGUCUGCGCCGCCAAACCAGUAUCCACCACAGCCGAACUAUCCCCCCAGCGAAACUGCUACCCCUCAAAUGAGCCACCUUUCUCUGCCGCAGCAGCAGCCCAACGCCCCCGAGUCGGUCGGCACGACCCCGACAAGUGACCCGAAUGCCUCCUUUUACUUCCAACAGCCAGGCCAGAACCCGGCCGCGUCGCCCAGUGCUCCGCCUGAAGCUGCGCCAUCGCCAUACCCGAACCUGCAGCAACCGUUGCAACAAUACCCCCCACAGGGUCAGAAUGGGCCCGAGACGCCAGCGCCAACCGCCCACGCGCAGCCUGCUCAGCAGCAGGCACCACCCCCUCAGCAGCACCAGCAGCCACAGGCGCCAUACUGGCAGCACCCGGCUGCCCAACACGUCCAGAUGCCAGCACAGCCCUCGGCGCCCUGGCAGCAGGCUCCCCCACAGCAGCAGCAGCAGCCACAGUAUGGCGGAUACCAACAGGAGGCGUUCCCAUCGGCUCCACAGCACGCGAUUGCGCCGCCGAAGCCUGUAGUAGAGGAGGCUCUGAUCGAGCUAUGAGGGUCUAUUGCAUCGGUCAUUGUGGUAUCUGAGAUGCAGCAUUAUCAGAUGGUUGCAUCUGGUGUCUAGUAUAAAGAGUCGUUUCGCAGACGGGAGCUCCAUCGCAGCGGUGCUUUUCCAGCUGUCGCGCACGGAGGUAAUCUGGGUCAAGGGACCGCUUCACGGCAUAUGGGACCGAAGCCCACGAGAACGAGAUAGCAAAUGAGAUUGGACUACGUCGUGAGACGAAUUCCGCAUUCUGGUAUCUACUGUUCAUUGUACUCUACUUCUCUACAACUUGUACUAAUUGUAGUGGAGCCUAAUCCAUUAUGGGAUUCUUGAGGCCUAGUUAUGAUGAGAUGGAUGCCUCCAUCUAUUACUUGAUUGAGUAUUUACCAGUACAAAACAUCAACACAUGAAUUUUAUACACCUGGCACAGCAAAUGAACCAAAUAUCAAGUUGGCACCGACGCGGCUCAGAGACAAAGCCGGCCCAUCAGUAUUCAAAGCUCUCAUAUACCACCUCCUCACCGUCGAGCCAGCCCAGGAGCUCCUUGAUCAGCCCAGGCCCCGCGCAGCAAUAAUACUUCCUGGGGCGCUGAUCCCCUCCACGCCGGAGCAGCACGCCAUCCCGCGUCAGCCUGCCCGCCGUGACCACAGCCCCGAGACCCUCAAGCCGCGAGAUGUCCCCGCCGGCCACGGGGGCGUCCCCGCCGCUGACAAACACCCGGCUCCGCGCCGCAAGGCCCUCGCACCGCGUAAAAGAGUCGACCGCGAGGGGCAGGUCGGCCGCGCGCAGGCCCCACAGCAGGGAGAAGCCCGUCUGCCCUCCUCCUCCUCCUGCGGCGGCAAGCAGCCCCGGGGCCUGCGCCAGGAUGGGCGUGAUGCCCACGCCGCCCGCGACGAACACAACCUCCUUCUCCCCCCCGGCGGCCGCCGCGCGGAACGCCUCGGACCCGCCAAAGCCCAGCACCGGCAGCUCCAGCGGGGCGCGCAGGUUCUGCCGCCACAGCAGCCCCGUGGCGGGGCCGUGCCUCCGCGCCGUGAUCUGCAGCUCCGUGCCGUCUGUGAUCACGGGCGGCGUGCCACCGUCCCCGCCGUCGCCCUCGCCGGGCUGCGCUCCUGCUGGGGGCGGGGCGUUGGAGACGGUAAAGGUGCGGACAAAGUCGUCGUUCAGGCUGGCCGGGUCGUCGUCGCGCAUGUGCGACCAGCCGAUAUCCAGCUCGGGCGCGAAGUCGAGGGUGACGUGCUGCCCCGCCUCCCACCGGGCGAGCUUCUUGGCCCCCGGCGCCGUCCCGAGGCGGAAGGUGAAGCGCGCCACCGUCGGCGUGAUGAUCUCCCUGCCGACGAGCGUGGCCGUCGCGGAUGGCCUGGUGUUGUCAUCGGCCGGCGGUGGGCCCCCCUCGUCGUCCAUCUCGGCCGCGAGGCGACGCACCGGCGGGUUGUACGGGCUAUAGUCGGUCGCGCCGCCGCCGCCGCCGCCGCCGCGGAAGGGGAGGCCCCCGGCCACGUACCUCGCCGCCGUGACGCGGAUCCUGACGGCGAGCUUGGUGUGCGGCAGGACCCUGCUGCUGUCGGCGCCGACGAGGAUCUGCGUCUCGCCCGUGAGGUACAGCACGUCGCCCGAGUCGAAGUCCGGGACGCACACGCCCACGAGCGGCCGGGAGUGCAUGUUCCCCAGGGACUGGUACAGCCGGUUGCCCGAGUACUCCGGGUACACGAGGUCGACACCAUCGGCAUCGCUGUUCCGCAUGACGCGCACGAACCCCGGGGGCCCGCCGCGGUGGUUCGUGUCCAUGGUCCGCCCGUCGGCCGCCGCCGUCGACAGGAAGAACAGGUCCGCCCGGCCGAGC